GUGGCCCCGGCCUGUGCAGAGAAUGGUCCCUGUCUCUUGCCAUCUGCCCACAACAAGAGCCUCCAGUCUGAAGGCAACAGCUCUCUCAGUGUCACUGCCAGCAUGAACACUCGCUACAGGGACGUAGAAGAUGAAACCAAGCCACUCAUUAAGAGAACCCCUGUUAUAACAUAA